GCCUCAUUCCACCCAUUUCCCCUCUGCAGGAGGGCAACUGGAGGAGAAUGACUGGUAAACUCCAAACCAGCAACGUGACCAACAAGAAUGACCCGCGCUCGCUGAACUCCAGAGUCUUUAUCGGCAACCUCAACACGACCAUCGUCAAGAAGACCGACAUAGAGGUCAUCUUCGCCAAGUACGGCAAGAUAGUGGGCUGCUCCGUGCACAAAGGUUACGCCUUCGUACAGUACUUGAACGAGAGGAACGCCCGGGCAGCCGUGGCGGGAGAAAAUGCCCGAGUCAUCGCUGGACAGCCUCUCGACAUAAACAUGGCUGGCGAGCCGAAGCCGUACAGGCCCAAAGCCGGCCACAAGCGGCCGCUCUCAGCUGUUUACAGCGGCUAUGAAUUUGACUACGAGUACUACAGGGAUGAUUUCUACAGCCGGCUUUUUGACUAUCACGGCAGAGUGGCCCCCCCACCGAGGGCCGUGAUCCCCGUCAAACGCUCCAGGGUGCUCGCUCCGUCCUCCCGCCGCGGCAAGACCUCCUUCCCCAUCAAGACGACCUCCUCCUCCUCCUCUUCAUCCUCCAGACCUCCCACCUCCUCCCCCGGGCUCAAACCGGUGAAGACGAACCAGCUGCAGACCAUCAAGCGGGAGCUCACGCAGAUCAAGCUGAAGAUCGACUCUUUGCUGGGCCGCCUGGAGAAGAUCGAGAAGCAGCAGAGGGCCGAGUCCGAAGCUCAGAGGAAGUACGAGGACAACUGCGACUCCCUGCACGAGGAGUCCGUGUCAGAGACGGCGGAAAACUCCGGGGAGGAGGCGGGCGACGGCGCCCUGGACGUGAGGGCGGGAGAGAUGACCGACGGCGGCGAGACGACUACGACGAGGAGGGAACCACCAUCUGCUUUUCAAGACCAAGGUCAGAGGAACCGUCCUCGGUCUCAUAUAGAGAACCACGUAUCGGAUAUUGACAACUGAGAUCAGGACGAGGCAGCGGACACCCCGGGUCAGUGCUGUUAGAAAUCAUCAUCACCUUCCAGAGACAGAACGGGAUCUCUGGAGGAUCAGGACUCUCAUUCUGGACUGUAAAUUGUGUUCAAGGGAUGCUGAAUCACAUCUAGACGCCUAACUGCGCAGCUCAAAUCGAACCUGAACGCGCUCUCUAAAGAAAAUGUAUUCAAGACUCAUUUCAACGCGCCGGCCCGCUGGAUGUUCUGUGCGAGCUGUAUUCCAUCGCCAAGAGGCUGUAAUGUGCUAAUCCUGUCUGUGAAAAAAUAAAACGGAAGGGAACAAAAAAAAGGCUUUUAUUCUGAUGUCAUGAAUUGAAUUACGUAGGCAGAAGGGAACACGACGUUGAUGAUGAACCGUCGCUGCUUUGAAUCAAAUCUGUUUUUUGUUUUUUUCCCCCCCUUGAAUUUCAUGUUGCUCCAAAACCAAAAGAGACGGUCGGAAACAAUCUGCGAGCACCUGAAUGAUUUUCCCAAAACGAAUGAGACGUCGUCGUCCGGUUCGGGGGUUUGAGUCACGCACGAGCCAAACUUCAUCCGCUUGUCACGCAGCGCCGCCGCCGGUCAGGAGCCGACGCCCCUUCGCCCAUCUCCCACACUGAGUUCAUGUGGAAUAAACCAACGUGACACAGAGGCUGCAGCAUUAAAACAACCUGAUGAAGAUUACUUGCGUACGUGAUCGGUCGAACCUUUUAAAUGCGGCUCCUGCAGAAGGAUCUCAGCGAUCAUCUGCAGAAGGCCUCAAUUGCCGUUAUAUUUCAAUCACGCGUUUCCGGGUUGUUUUUCCUUAAAUUAGUUGUUUCAACCAAAAUGCACCAAAAAGUCUACUUGGAACGCGAGGUCGGGACACAAUUGACUCCAGUCAUAGAAAACAUUUCAGCAUUGGGAUUAUUUCAAACCACGAUGGAUGUGGACUGUUUUUUUUUUUUUUACCGUGGCCUUUUCUUUGUAUGUAAUUGGUCAAUGUUUUGAUCACGAUAAAAAAUAAUUCACCCUCAUUGGCCCAAAACCUGGGAAAAUAAAACGAAUCGUAUACAAAACAUUGUUUUAUGAUUUGGUUGAAACGACCUUUGGAACAGAGAAUUAAUUAUCAUUAUAAUUAUUUCAUGAACGCAUCAAACCUGGCAGGUCUGCCUGAAAAAAAAAAUGUAAACUCUCAUUCAAAAUAAGUGUCUGGUGAAUGAUGAUAAUGUGUAAUAUUUAGCACUAUUUUUGGAUACAAAAACAAUGUUUAUGGGAAAUGGCUCUGCUUCAUGUGUAUCUUCUUUGCUGGUAGUCUGUUAUUUACUAAGCUGUAUGGUGAUGUGUCAAAUAUUUUGCAAAAAUACCCCCCCCCAAAAACUCAUUGCUUUCAACUGUUGUAAUUUAUCUGGGUCACAAAUAUUUCAACUUGUUUAGUUUGCCUUGUACAUAAUCCUGCUCAUGUUUAUUUCACACUCUAAUCGGCUGAAAGAGACAUUUCAAAUAAAGCUGAAAAUAUAUACUGACAGUUUGUUGGCGUCGUUGCGGUUUAAACCAGAAUUGUGGUGUAACUGACAACUGCUGUAUAGAAAUGUACAUUUUUUUUGUAAAGAUAUUUUUAUCAGAAGGCAUGUUUACUGUAACUUUGUAUUUUCAGUUCAUGUAUAAAAAAAGAAACGGUAUAUAUCAAAACUGUUGUAAGGCUCAGACUCACCGCCAUUGUAGAUAAAUAUUUGUGUUCUUAUCAGUCAAAUGAAAUGUUUCUCAUAUGUUGAACUGUUCGAUGAUCGACACUUUAUUUUACAAAUAAAUAUGAACUGAAGGACAAAGA